AUGAGCACUUUUAACUACAAGGAUUUGAUUAGAGACAAGAAGGAAGGCAAGCAAUUGACAAAGGAAUAGAUCUUUGCUUGGGUUGAAGGAGUCACAAACAAGACCAUGCCUGAAUACUAAUUAAGUGCCUUAUUAAUGGCAAUCUACUUCAAGGGUAUGACUAUUGAAGAGAGAGGUUAUUUGACUCAAGCUAUGGCUUCCUCUGGUAAGAGAAUGAACUACAGAGACAUUCCCGGCAGAAAAGUUGACAAGCAUUCAUCUGGUGGUAUUGGUGAUAAGACUUCUAUCAUUCUUGUUCCCUUAAUGAUGGAAUUAGGCGUUAAAACUCCCAUGGUUAGUGGUAGAGGUUUAGGUCACACUGGUGGUACUACUGACAAAUUAGAAGCUAUUCCAGGAUUCUUGGUUGGAAUUUCUUUCGAAAAGAUGAAAGAAAUGAUGUAAAGCAUCGGUUGCUUCAUGGGUACUCAAACUGCCGAUAUUGCUCCUGCUGAUAAGGUCAUUUACGGAAUGAGAGACGUUACUGAAACUGUAGACGAAAUCUCUCUCAUUACUGCUUCCAUUCUCUCCAAGAAAUUCACUGAAGACCUCGAUGCUUUGGUUAUGGAUGUUAAAUGUGGUCCUUCUGCAUUCAUGAGAACUAUUGAAAAGGCUACUGAAUUGGCUGAUAGUAUUAAGAGAACAUGCGAAUCUACUGGAACUCAAUGCAAAGCUUGCAUCACUAGAAUGGAUUUCCCCUUGGGUGAACACAUUGGUAAUGCUAAUGAAAUUUACGAAUGCAUUAUUGCUUUUGACACUAAGAGCGAAUACUGCAACUCAGUUAGAAGACUCUAAUUCUGCAAGAACACUCCUGGUCUUGUUAAAUUUGAAAACGGAGUUCAAAGUGCUGUUGAUGUCUUAGUUAUCAUUACCUUUGUCCUUGCUCUCCAAAUGUACUUAGUUAGCGGACUUGAAAGUGAUGAAUUAAAGGGCUUUGAAGCUGUUAAAAAGGCCUGGUUAAGUGGAAAUUUGCACAAGCAUUUUGAUUAACUUUGCGCUUUACAAGGUGGUUCAGUUGAUAAAUUCUUAGCUCACUAUAAACUCAUCUAAGAUUAACUCGAUAAGCCUGAAUAAAGUGGUAAAGUUAUCACUAUCACUGCUCCUAAAGACGGUAAAUUAGUAAAAGUUGAUGGUGUUGCAAUUGGUAAUUUGAUGGUUGACUUAAAUGCUGGUAGAAAGGUCUUUGGUGAACCUAUCAACCAUGAUGUAUCUAUGUAAUGGUAUCCCUACCCCAACUAACAAAUAAAGAAAGGUGACGUUAUCUGUAAAAUCUAUCACCCUGAUUUCGUAAAGAAGAACGACCACACAUUUACUUUCAAGGCUGAUCAACAUUUCUGCUCAACCGUAACUAAGAGAGUUCAUGAUACUUUAAUUUAUUCUGAAGAUCCUAACUACACUUAUAGCGAACCUUUAGUUUAUAACGUUUUGUGA